UGUAUGAUUUUUUAUAAAUAAAAGAAAAAAAAAGGAAAAAAACACCUCACCUCUUUAUCAUCAUCGUAAUAAUUAUCAUCGCUAAGAAAAACAAAUCGAUCGACAAAUAACAUUGCCAUCCUUGUAAUCAGUCCGACCAAGAUCUAUCGACCUAAGCGCUAGUGUUUUUUUCUUUAAAUUUCAUAUAUUCCUAAUAAAUUUUUUUUUAAUCAUAACUCAUCAUCGCCACUUCUAUUCAUGAAUGUUUGGUUGAUUAUUCAAUGAAAAUUUAUUCAUUACAAAUUGUUAAUGUUAUCAAGUAUAAAACACCUGGAUAAUAAAAUUAAUUUGGCCAAAACAAUUAUUAAUGCAAGUGGGUGUGUAUAAUCAGAAUUAUUUCAAUUGCAAUUGGAAUGGCCGAACGUAAAGAUUAUGAUUAUUUAUUCAAAUUGCUCAUAAUUGGUGAUAGUGGUGUCGGAAAAAGUAGUCUAUUGUUACGUUUUGCUGAUAAUACUUUUUCCGGAACAUAUAUCUCAACAAUUGGUGUUGAUUUUAAAAUUCGUACAAUCGAAAUCGAUAAUGAACGAGUCAAAUUACAGAUCUGGGAUACAGCUGGCCAGGAAAGAUUCCGGACAAUUACCUCUACAUACUAUCGUGGCGCCCAUGGUGUCAUCAUUGUAUAUGAUGUAACGAAUGGAGAUAGUUUUCAUAAUAUUAGCCGAUGGCUACAAGAAAUUGAUCAAAACUGUGAAGUUGAAAAUAAAAUUCUAGUGGGCAACAAAAACGAUGAUCCAAGUCUAAAAGUAGUAUUGACAAAAGAUGCUCAACGUGUUGCCGAAUUGAUGAAGAUACAAAUGUUCGAAACGAGUGCCAAAGAAAAUAUUAAUGUUGAAGAAAUGUUUUUAGCCAUCACAAAGAUGGUGUUGAGAACCAAAAAAGAACAACUAAAUCGACAAACAAAUGAAAAGAAUGCUAUAAAAAUAGCUAAAGGAGGUGGUGGUUUCAAACCACGGAAAAAAUGUUGUUAAAAUUGCGCCUAAUAACA